GGGAUAUUUUGAAAUCUUCAUGCAAGAAAAAUACACGAGGAAGAAAAGGCGUUUUUUUCACCCCAUAGACAUGAAAUAUUGAACAGUGCGGUAGAGACCAUAGAGGUUACAGUGAGGGUGAGGAUGUGUAUCAGAGAGGUCGGUCACACUCCACACAGUCAUCAUGAAGGUGAUAAGCUACGGUUCUCAUGACGAGGACUGUGAACUUCUCAGCUACAGUGAGAGGGAAUGCCAUGGCAAUGGCACAGAGCAGCGUGGGCGGCGGAGCGGCAGCAGCGGGGACGUGGGCGUGGUCGACAGCAACGUCCUGCGCAAGGUGGCCAGCCUGACCCUUGACCGCGCGACCAUCGAGAAGAGGGUAGUCAAGCCCAAGUUUGUGCCCGAAAAGCUCGACUUCAAGAUCUACGAGAAGUUUGAAGGCCAAAUGCUGAUCAAUUGGUUUGUAAGUGCCUUCAGCGAGGGUCACUACCUCCGGCAUGUGAUCACUCCGCAGGACCUGAAGAUCCUUGCCACACAGUUCUGCACGCAUCUCCUAGCUGCGGGAGUGAUCCGGCAGAUUGAGGAUUCUGGGGCUCCUCUUGAGCUUCUGUUUAGGCCUGACCUCAUGUAUUACUGGUCCCACACGGAGGCAUCACCCGCACAGAUCUUGACCCCAGGCAAGCUCUCCCCUUCAGCCUGGCCACCACCUAACUUUGCUGAACUCAUUUCCUCAUCCCGUCCAGGGGCAAAGUACACCGAGGCAGGCCCACUCCCUGAUGUAUCCCCCCAUAGUGAUACUAACGGGAUAGUUAUCGAAGCGGAAGUUGACGAUAAUAAGAACGGGGAGGGAGAAGAAUUCCAGCAAGUGGUGAUGGGACUCAAAAGAGAACACAAGGAGUCUCUCGACCGCGUGGAGAGGGACCAGGAGGUGAAUCUGUUCAACCUGCGAGGGGAGCAGGCGGAGAAGCUGUGCCAGUACGAGCAGAAAAUCCGGGAGCUUGAGGUUGAGCUGGAGAAGCUUAAGACUGUCUCGGCAAUUCAGGAACUCACAGCCAAGACGUGUGCGGACUUUGACUCGCCCUCGAUACCCUUAUCCCCUAAGAAGGCACCAGCAUCCCCUGGUAGUGGCCCACCAUUCCCAGGUAUGGGCCCGCCUCCCCCUCCUGUUCCCCCUGGCAUGAGAGGGCCUCCUCCACCUCCCUUCGGUGGGCCGGCCCCUUUCCCCGCCCCCCCGCCUGGUGGCUGGAAUGCAGCACGCCCGGCUGCUGUGCCAGUUCUUCGGAAGGCUCCAGUCAACCCAAAGAUGGCCAUGAAGCCUCUUUACUGGACGAGAAUUCAGCUGAAGACGCCCAAACCCCCCAAGCCGAGAAAAGCUGACAUUCCACUUUGGGACGAAAUUGAGGAAGAGGAGUUUGACGAGCUGGAGUUCGUUGACCUUUUUGCUCGACAGGUUACACAGCCCAAGAAGAAGGAGAAGAAGGAGGCCAAGCCAGCGAAGGCCAAGGUAAACAAAGUCCUGGACAGCAAACGUUCACAGAAUGUGGGAAUCUUCAUUACAAGUCAACAUCUAGAUAUCGCAGAUGUGGAGAAUGCUGUUUACAACUUUGACACCUCCGUCCUAGACCUUGAAGUUCUUCAGCAAAUAUAUGAAGUUAGAGGAAGUGAAGGAGAGAUCAACAUGAUUAAAGCAGCUAAUGAAGCCAUGCCAGAUAUCCCCCUUGAUAAACCUGAACAGUUCCUCCUCGACUUGUCAAAAAUAAAUGAAUUUGCUGAGCGAACAGCAUGUUUCACCUUCCAAGCAACUUUCAACGAAGAGCUGGGCGUCAUACAUGGAAGAAUACACAUGUUGCAGUCUACUAUAGAUGUACUCAUGACGAGUGAGAGCAUCAAGAGAAUAUUUGGGAUGAUCCUGGCCCUUGGUAAUUACAUGAACGGCGGCAACAGGACUAGGGGCCAGGCAGAUGGAUUUGGUCUCGAGAUCCUUCCGAAGAUCAAGGACGUCAAGAGCAAGGACUCGGGCUUCACACUCUUGCACUUUGUUGUUACUAAGUAUAUUGAGAAAUAUGAAGGGGAGGACGCAGGCACUGACAAAGUCCAGCUGCCAAUCCCAGACCCUUAUGUUGUAGAGCGCGUGUCCAACCUUAAAUUCGAAGACUUGGAAUCCGACUUGAAAGAUAUUGAAAAGAAUCUAAAAGUGUGUGAAAAUCGAGCUGAGAAGGUGAUAGCAAAGUCAGAUGAGGAGCAUUUGCAGCCAUUUAAGGACAGGAUGACGGAGUUCUUUGUGAAAGCUAAGAGUGAAGUGGAAUCAGAGAGUGAAAGUUUAAAGGACUGUAAAAGUCAAUUUGAAAUGGUGAUGAAGUAUUUCCAGUUCAGUGGAAAAGGACCUGAAGUCACACCCUAUGAUUUCUUCAGUGUUUGGUCGCCCUUCUGCAAUGACUUCAUGAACAUUUGGCAGAAAGAACAGCAGAAGAUUGUCAAGCAGAGAAUGAAGGCUGCAGAAGAGAAGGUAAAGAAAAUGACGGAAGAGAAGAAAGAUGUUGCCAAGAAAACCAAAGAGGUCGGAGGGUUGAAGAGCAAACUCAAGGACAAGUUGAAGACUUAGCAAUAAAUUUCUUCUUUUUUCAAUUUAUAAUUCUCACUCUCAGUAUCUGCCUCUCUCUUUCUUUAUAGAUACAAUUCACACUUUAUUUUAUAUGUAUAUUUUUGAAGCUUCCCAAGAUGAGGAAAUGGAAGGAAGGGGAGGAGGAGGAGAAGCAAAGUUGUUACAUGAAUUCUCUGCCUUCAGGAGUCGAGUGUUCGCCAGCACAAAGCUCUGAACGUCUCCGAGACUUCCUUGGUCACGAAGCUGUGAUUAGAAUAGAUGUUGUGAUAAUUACUAUACUUGUAUGAAUUGUACUUGACGGAGAUAUUUGAUGGAAGGUUGCAAUGAAUGCCAAGGUUUUUAUAGAAGCUGUGUAUGUGACCUUUCAGUUUAUUUUCUUCUUCCAUUUUGUUGUUUUAAUUUGCAUGCUUUUAUGCUUUUUUUGUAUACUCUAUUUUAUGAUAAUGUCUUCAGUGGAUCUUUUGAAAUUAUAAAGUGAUUUUUUUUUUUUUGUAUAUGAUUGAGAUGUGAUAAAUUUUUAAAAAUAUUUAAAAUUAAGGAUUUGUUGGAGCAUUCAAGAAAAUUGCAAAAAGUUGCCUAUGGUAUAUGACUUGACAUUGAGCCGUUGAAUGUGAUUUGUAAAUAGGAAGAUUAAAGAGGUUGUUUCAAGUCAAGAAAUUAUAUCACAGGUAAAAAUCCUUAUAUAUUCUCUUUUGAUUUAUAUAUACUUUCUUUAUUUUUUCCAUGUAAAUGCCUCUCUUUUGUAGACUGCAACAAACACAACUUUGGCUUUGCACAAGUGUAUUGCAGCAUUAUGCAGAGUCAUGCCGGUGGUCUUUCUAAAGAGUGUGUAUGAAAGGGGGAGGUAUUUAGCUCAGCUCGCAGGUCCACACAUCAUUGAGCUUGAUCAUUCCUCUUGAGGGUCACAAACAAUGCCAUAUAUACAUACAUACCAUUUUUUUUUUCUCAUUAGUGUUUGUUUUCUGACCUUAGGUGCCAUUUGGGAGGAUGUAAGGUUUUCCUGGGGAGCUUCAUCAUGUUGCAAAGGUCACGUGUACGUAAGGAAAUUUUCAAGAAGGAAAAAUUAUUGGAAUCACAUUCCUUUUUCGGUUUGUUUUUAGUUUCUGAAAAAUAGGGCAAACUUUUUUAAAAAGUUUCUAUACUUGUUGUUAUAUUAGUUGUGUUUGUUUUCCUGCAUUUUGGCCAAAAUUAUUCAUUGAUUUUUGUUAUUGUAUUUCUGUAUUAAAAAGAAAAAAUACCCUUAAAAUCAUCCUUCAAGAAAUAGCAAUCACUCGCAAAAGCAUGCAAGCAAAACACCCCCACUUAUGAUAUUGUAUUAUGUACAGCACAAACAAUGGUAGUUUUGUUUUGUGUGUGUGGUAAUAGAUCUUCCGGGGAACACUUAAUAUGAGGACAAAAUCUUCAGACAAUAACAACAAACCUGCUUGCAGUAAAGUGUAUAUAACCCUCUUCCUAGAUACUGCCGUUAAUAUAUGAAUAAUUUUAAGCCAAUGCUAAGUGUGUAUGCUCAUCUCAUUGUCCAUAUUCAACAUAUCCAGCUAGGGAAUUUUUGGCCUUACAAAAAAGUACCUGUAUCCCCUGCAUAAGUUGCAUAAUUUUUUUGGAUCAGCACUGUGGUAGUCAUGGUGCUUCCAAAGACAUUUUUCGCAUGGUGUCUGGUAGGCAAGUGGCCAGAUCUGCUUUAUAUAGCGUCUUUUUAAAAAUGAUUGUUAAUAAAAAAAUAAAUGAUU